AUGAGCCUCUCCAUGAGAGAUCCGGUCAUUCCUGGGACAAGCAUGGCCUACCAUCCGUUCCUACCUCACCGGGCGCCGGACUUCGCCAUGAGCGCAGUGCUGGGUCAUCAGCCGCCUUUCUUCCCCGCUCUGACGCUGCCUCCCAACGGCGCGGCGGCGCUCUCGCUGCCCGGCGCCCUGGCCAAGCCGAUCAUGGAUCAGUUGGUGGGGGCGGCCGAGACCGGCAUCCCAUUCUCGUCCCUGGGACCUCAGACCCAUCUGAGGCCCCUGAAGACCAUGGAACCCGAAGAAGAAGUAGAGGAUGACCCCAAGGUACACCUGGAGGCCAAAGAACUUUGGGAUCAAUUCCACAAGCGGGGCACGGAGAUGGUCAUUACCAAGUCGGGAAGGCGAAUGUUUCCUCCAUUUAAAGUGAGGUGUUCUGGGCUGGAUAAAAAAGCCAAAUAUAUUUUGUUGAUGGACAUUAUUGCUGCGGAUGACUGUCGCUAUAAAUUUCACAAUUCCCGGUGGAUGGUAGCAGGAAAGGCUGAUCCUGAAAUGCCGAAGAGAAUGUACAUUCACCCGGACAGCCCUGCUACUGGGGAACAGUGGAUGUCCAAAGUUGUCACUUUCCACAAACUGAAACUCACCAACAACAUUUCGGACAAACAUGGAUUUACUAUACUGAACUCCAUGCAUAAAUACCAGCCCCGGUUCCACAUCGUGAGAGCCAAUGACAUCUUAAAACUUCCUUAUAGUACUUUUCGGACGUACUUGUUCCCCGAAACCGAAUUCAUCGCUGUGACUGCAUACCAGAAUGAUAAGAUAACUCAGUUAAAAAUAGACAACAACCCUUUUGCAAAAGGUUUCCGGGACACUGGAAAUGGCAGGAGAGAAAAAAGAAAGCAACUCACCCUGCAGUCCAUGAGGGUGUUUGAUGACAGACACAAAAAGGAGACCGGCACCUCAGACGACUCCUCCAGCGAACAGGCCGCCUUCAACUGCUUCGCGCAGUCCUCCUCCCCGGCCGUGCCCACUGUAGGGACAUCCAACCUCAAAGAUCUGUGUCCCAGCGAGGGGGAGAGCGACGCCGAGGCUGACAGCAAAGAGGAGCACGGCCCCGAGGCCUGUGACGCGGCCAAGAUAUCCACCACCACGUCGGAGGAUCCGUGCAGGGACAAGGGCAGCCCGGCGGUCAAGGCACACCUCUUCGCGGCCGAGCCCGGCGGGCGGCCCCGGGACAGCGGGCGGCUUGACAAGGCAUCGCCCGACUCGCGUCACAGCCCGGCCACCAUCUCGUCCAGCACCCGCGGCCUGGGCGCCGAGGAGCGCCGGAGCCCGGGCCGCGAGAGCGCGGCCACGUCCAAGGCCGCGGAGGAGGCGCGCGCGCUGCCGGGCAAGGAGGCCUUCGCGCCGCUCACCGUGCAGACGGACCCGGCCGCCGCACACCUGGGCCAGGGCCCCCUUCCUGGCCUCGGCUUCGCCCCUGGCCUGGCCGGCCAGCAGUUCUUCAAUGGGCACCCACUCUUCCUGCACCCCGGCCAGUUCGCCAUGGGGGGCGCCUUCUCCAGCAUGGCGGCAGGCAUGGGGCCCCUGCUGGCCACCGUGUCCGGGGCCUCCACCGGCGUCUCGGGCCUGGAUUCCACGGCUAUGGCCUCGGCUGCCGCGGCGCAGGGACUGUCGGGGGCGUCGGCCACCCUGCCCUUCCAUCUCCAGCAGCACGUUCUGGCCUCUCAGGGCCUGGCCAUGUCGCCUUUCGGAAGCCUCUUUCCUUAUCCUUACACGUACAUGGCCGCAGCAGCGGCCGCCUCCUCGGCGGCCGCCUCCAGCUCCGUGCACCGCCACCCUUUUCUGAACCUGAACACCAUGCGCCCGCGGCUGCGCUACAGCCCCUACUCCAUCCCCGUGCCGGUGCCCGACAGCAGCGGCCUGCUCACCACCGCCCUGCCGUCCAUGGCCGCCGCCGCCGCCGCCGCCGCCGCCGCGGGCCCCCUCGACGGCAAGGCCGCCGCCCUGGCCGCCAGCCCGGCCUCGGUGGCCGUGGACUCGGGCUCGGAACUCAACAGCCGCUCCUCCACGCUCUCCUCCAGCUCCGUGUCCUUGUCGCCCAAGCUCUGCCCGGAGAAGGAGGCGGCCACCAGCGAACUGCAGAACAUCCAGCGGUUGGUCAGCGGCCUGGAAGCCAAGCCCGACAGGUCCCGCAGCGCCUCCCCGUAA